CGUUCGCAUUUAGUAUAGCAUUCGAUAGGCAAGUGUUGAUGAGAUAAGUUGCGCUUGGCUUCCCUGCAAAAGAUCGCGCGGUGUGGUGAAGUACUAGCAGACCGUAAAGUACCGCUGAGCUGACCGAGCUGCUGUGCUUGGUGUGUCCCCUCGUUGACACCAUCGUUGGUUUACUCUUGAAGUGUCUCUCUAGCGAGCAAGUUGCAUUUCCAACAGGCCGCGCCGCCCCCCAAAACCGAGAAGAAGCAGAAGAAGAAACGAAGAUCGAUAUUAUUAUUAGCUGUUAGUGAGCCCUACUCUAUUUAUACCAAUCACACCUCGUCUCUCUCGGCAACCUACGUUAUAGUAGCAAACCCACAAUGAAGAGCCUGCUAGUGGUAACCGCAGUGAUAUGCAGCGUCCUGGUGGCGACGCUGGCCAACCCUGUGCCAGAGGCGAAGCCUGACCCGGACCCAAAGACCGACAUGGAACUGAUGAGGAUUCCCCUGGAUGAGGAUAAGGAACUAGACGUCAUUACGCUGGUGAGCUCGGAUGAUCAAAAAAUCAACGAAAGAAACAAACGAACGAUUGGAAUCCUCCGGGAGCUCUUCCCAACCAUCUCGCAGAUCACCAACGAGAACCCAAACACGCUCGAAUCGCUGGACCUGGCCGGACUGAGUGACACCCUGAACGCGAUCCGCAGAGCCCGUGCUACCGACCAGGACACCCAAUCGGUGGCCGAAGAUCAGAACGGUGCCGAGUCGUCCGCGAAGAGCUCAGCCCUGGACGAGCUGUCACUGGACUCCGAAGGCAACGACGAGGAUCGCAACAAGAGAUUCCUAUCAUUUGGUGGUUCCUCGGGCGGAGCCGGUGGUGGCUCCGGAAACUUCCUCUUCGAUAUCAUCCGUCAAACUGCCGAUCGGGCUGCGCGUGCUGCUGGAACCGUGUACCGGGUCGUCGCCGGCACCGAGUCACUGACGAGUAAGAACGCUAAUGACGAAGGACGACUUUCCACCUCUAGCUCUUCCUCCACUAGUUCUAGCCAUUCUGCGCUCGUCUCAGGUAGCUCCGGAACCGAGCAAAGUGACGAAAAGGCAAACGCACCGGACGAUCACGACCUCGGAAAGGGUGACGGAUACACCGAAGGUAUUCCCGGACCAGUGACUCGUCUUUUUGUACUCGCAAACCGUGGUCUGUCCAAUCUGAUCCAAGAUCUGAUUCUGCGAAUCGCUCAAACCAGUGAACGAGUGGUCAACUUCAAAGCACGUCUGAUUACGUCCCUCAUCUAAGCAGAUUCUCCGCAACCACCUCCUUCCCACGAAUGCUAACACCCGCCCUAAACCCGUAGAAUCGCGAAUCCUGCCUCCCCUAACCAUUUAAUCCCAGUACAAUAUUCUUAGGUGUAUCUGUUUGUUUUUGUCCAUUGCUAAGCGCUCAAAUCCUCAACUAAUUGUUCUUCUGUGGCUGAUCUACUGUCAGCUUUGUUAGUGUGUGUGUGUGUGUGUGUAUACACGAACCAAUCCCGGCAAUCCUGUCACUGCCACUCGCAAGACAACUCAUCAAUCAUCAAACGGAAAACACUCGCAACUGUAAAUACAAGACUUGAUCCUCACGCGCUCCUGUUUCAACGGCUCGGUUUGGGGACUGUCACACACACACACCUAGCAUAUCUGUUCCAAGGAUCAGACGCUCAGAAUGACAAGGCAACUGGAAACUAUGCACGGAAUACAACUACCGCAAUCAAAAGAACAAUACAAAUUUCAUAAGGCUGGAGAAGGUUACUUUUGUUUAUAAGUGUAAAAUACUUUCGUUCGUCUUUCAUUUUUUCUAGUUUUUCUUCUCAAAUGUAGAUUUUGUUUACUCAGACCUAAUCAACACUAUCUCAGUGUGCGCACUUUAUCUAAUGGUACAUUUGCUCAAAUCGGAUUAUAUGUGUAUUGCAAGUUGUCGCAAGGUUUAUUCUCACUCACUAACAUUAACGGAUUUUCUACUCGAUUGCUCAAUUGUGUUCUUCUAGUGGCUUUUAGAAAAAAAAAAUCUAGGAUUUACGCUUAUUGCUAAACUAUGCUGCCGACUGUCGUCUUCUUAUGAUUUUUUUCAGAUCCUACUCUAAUCAAUGCUCUACACUCAUCUGUCAAAAAAAACAAUUACGAAUGUAAAUACAUUUAAUCUAGUUUUUUUUAAUACAAUUCUCUCAACAUAUUGUCUAUUGCGCUGUGCUAAAGAUCCUUAUUAAUUGUUAAUGCAUUUUGUUGCAUGAUCGCGAGAGAGAGAGAAAGAAUGCAAGGAGCCUGCUAGGAAAGCGAGCUAGGGUGUAGGAGAGUAUCCGCCACUAAAUUUUCUUCCCGGGCGAUCUCGAAGCGAGAAGUCAAAUUAAGCUGUCUGAAGCUUUUGUUUUGUGUUAUUACUUUUUUUGUUUAUUUCCUAAUCUUAUUUUUGUGUAUAUCAAUUCGAAAACAGUGUUUUUAUUUUGUGUAUUCUUUUGUAAAUAGGUUUAUAACUUCAACCUGUAGCUUUUCUUCUAACUACACUUCUUUUGUGCAUUUUAAACCUCCUGUGCGAGUUUAAUACGAAGAUAGAAGAAAAACACUACUACGAAAGGCCGAGAAGCCGCGAACAACUAUGAGAAAAAAACAAAAUAAAACUAUCAAAUCUAUAGGAAGAAGGAAUAAAUUGUAAACGUGUAGGUUAGAGUAAGUAAAUGUGUAUCAGCUUUUCUGGCGAUAAAAUUGUUAGGUAUACGGACAUGUUCAGACGAAACAAAAUGUAUGCAGGUAGAGACAACAGCAAAAAACCGGAAAAUCAAAUCGUUGCUGGACUGUUGGUUUAGAAAGAAAAGAAGUAAAUUUUAUGAAUGACUAUGUAUUUAAUGAAAA